CUCUCUUUUCUCGCUUUCUUUCUCUUUUUUUUCAUCUUUUUCAUAUACCAAAAAAGCAUCCUUUCUUUACAGUAGCAAUUUUUAUACCCCACCAAUAAUAAUACAAUGAGAGAAAUUAUUCACGUUCAAGCUGGUCAAUGUGGUAACCAAAUUGGUCAACAAUUCUGGGAAACCAUCAGUCAAGAACAUGGUAUUGACUCCACUGGUGCAUACGCUGGUGAUAACGAUUUACAACUUGAACGUAUCAAUGUUUACUAUAAUGAAGGCUCAGCUAAUAAAUACGUCCCUAGAGCUGUCUUGGUCGAUCUUGAACCUGCCACUAUGGAUGCUAUUCGUAGCAGCCCUUAUGGUAAACUCUUCCGUCCUGACAACUUCAUCUUUGGUCAAUCAGGUGCCGGUAACUCAUGGGCUAAGGGUUAUUAUACCGAAGGUGCUGAGUUGGUUGAAUCCGUUUUGGAUAUCAUCCGUAAAGAAGCUGAACACACAGACUGUCUUCAAGGUUUCCAACUCUGCCACUCUCUCGGUGGUGGUACCGGUUCUGGUCUUGGUUCUCUCUUGCUUUCCAAGAUUCGUGAAGAAUACCCCGAUCGUAUGCUUUGUACCUACUCUGUAGUUCCUUCUCCCAAGGUAUCUGAUACCGUUGUUGAACCUUAUAACGCUGUCCUUUCCGUUCACCAACUCGUCGAAAACUGUGAUGCCACUUUCUGUAUUGAUAACGAAGCUCUUUACGACAUUUGCUUUAGAACUCUCAAGUUGACUAACCCUGGUUACCCCGAGUUGAACCAACUUGUCUCUGCUGUCAUGUCUGGUGUCUCCACCAGUUUGCGUUUCCCUGGUCAAUUGAACUCUGACUUGCGUAAGUUGUUUGUCAACAUGGUUCCUUUCCCUCGUCUUCACUUCUUCAUGGUCGGUUUUGCUCCCUUGACCGCUUUUGGUUCUCAGCAAUACCGUAACUUGAGUGUUCCCGAAUUGACCGCUCAAAUGUUUGAUGCUCGUAACAUGAUGGCUGCCUCUGAUCCUCGUCACGGUCGUUACUUGACUGUCGCUACCAUCUUCCGUGGUCGCUUGUCUACUAAGGAAGUCGAAAACCAAAUGUUGGCUGUUCAACAAAAGAACUCUUCUUACUUUGUUGAAUGGAUUCCCAACAGCGUCAAGACCUCUCUCUGUGACAUUCCUCCUGUUGGUCUCAAGAUGUCUGGCACUUUCAUUGGUAACAGCACUGCCAUUCAAGAAUUAUUCAAGCGUGUGAACGAACAGUUCACAGCCAUGUUCAGAAGAAAGGCCUUCAUGCACUGGUACACAGGUGAAGGCAUGGAUGAAAUGGAAUUCACUGAAGCUGAGUCCAACAUGAACGACUUGGUCUCUGAAUAUCAACAAUACCAAGAAGCUACUGCCGAUGAAGAACUCUUGGAAGAAGACGACUAUCUCGAAGAAGAUGAAGUCAUUGAAGAAGACGAACAAUAAAUUUCUUUUUAAUAAUAUAUAUAUAUAUAUGAAUGUAUGGUUUUUAUGCAUAUUUGCACUUAAUAAAACUUAGUUUUUUUUUGUGUGUGCAUGUGUGUUAUUUUAUUCUUGUUGGAAGAAUGGCCUUAUCAAAGAACUCCAAAACGAUGAUGUAUUAUUAUUAUUAUUAUUAUUA